GUAAAGUUCUACAAUUGACUUUUUUUAAAUACUGGCCAGUGUUAUUUGUUCUAAAAUGAGAGUGCCGCGAUUCCAAAGAGUAUUUUGGUGUUUACACCUCCGCAGAGGUUGCAUAUUGCUGGUCUACCUGAAUCUGUUAAUAUGCGCCAUGGCAGUGCUAGCGUUCGGCUUCCUGGACUUCAUGAAGACGUUCCUGCGGCUGUUCCUGCAGGACUGGUACACCGGACUGCACCGCGCCUUCCGCUCCAAGGUGCACGCGUACCUGGUGGCUCCCCUGCUGCUGGCGGAUCUACUGCUGGAGCUGGCUAUGGCUGUGGUCGCGCUGGUUGGGUUGCAUAAGAUCUACCAUUUCCAGAAACGUCUAGACCUGCUGAAGGUGACCCUCUACUUCAACGUGCUGAUAUCUGCCUUCAUGUUCCUGUUCCGCAUGUUCGACGUGGGCCACUACAGCUGGCGCGCCGAGCUGUUCGCAGCUGUCGUCUACGCGGCCUACAAAUGCUACUACAUUCUAUGCAUACGGAGCGUAGUAAAGAAAUGGCUGGAGAGUGAUAAAAAAUCAGUGGACACGGCGUUGGAGAGUGGUCGAGAAGAGUUGGAGCUGGCUCUACCCACAGAAGAAGUCUCUGAUGAAACCACUUAGUAACAGUUAUCUGUGUCGUUCCCGCCAGCUGUUAGAAGGAGUUAGAGAGAUGAAAUGUAGGUAUUUAAGAUUAGGGCACUUGAACAUUAGUCUUUUAUAUAGUAUAGGAUAAGGUCCUGUAAAUAUACUCAAUGCAAUGAUUCAAACUACAGUACUGAAUUGUACAAAAAAUCAUGACAUGAUUACAAGCCAUUGUUAUUACUUAUUUGUCUCAUA